UUCACUGACUGAACUUUACAAGAGCCAAUAUGUAUUAUUCCACCAUUGAAACAAAACAUCCUUUGCAGACAGAAGAACAAGAAAUUGGCAUUGACCCCUUGCAGAGUUUUGUGAACAAGCCUGAAGAUGGGGUGUCAAAUGAAAAUGGAAGUAUUCAUCAUGGUUCAGAUUCUGAUGGAACUUUUCUUUCCUAUAGUAAAGAAUGGGAAGAAUUAUUUGUAAACAACAAUUACUUGGCAACAAUACGGCUGAAGGGGAUUAAUGGGCAGCUGAGAAGCAGCAGGUUCCGUAGCGUUUGCUGGAAGCUAUUUCUGGAUGUUCUCCCUCCUGAUAGAAGUCAAUGGAUCAGCAAAACAACAAAAUUAAGAACACUAUAUAACAAGAUUAAAGAAAUACAUAUUACAAAUCCCAGGAAAGCUGGACAGCAAGACGUGAUGAUCAACAACCCACUUUCCCAGGAUGAAGGGAGUCUCUGGAACAAGUUUUUUCAGGACAAAGAACUUCGGGGAAUGAUUGAACAAGAUGUGACCAGAACGUUUCCUGAAAUGCAAUAUUUCCAGCAAGAGAAUGUGAGAAAGAUUCUUACAGAUGUUCUCUUCUGUUAUGCUCGGGAAAAUGAGCAGUUACUUUAUAAACAGGGCAUGCACGAACUCUUAGCCCCUAUUGUAUUCAUUCUUCAUUGUGACCACCAAGCUUUUCUACAUGCGAAUGAAGCUGCACGGCCAAGUGAAGAAAUGAAAGUUCUCUUGAACCCCGAAUACCUAGAGCAUGAUGCCUAUGCCAUGUUUAUCCAUCUUAUGAAAACAGCAGGACACUGGUUUUCAACCUAUGAGCAUGAUGGUCAAAAGGAGAAAGACACAAUGAUGACACCUAUUCCAUUUGCAAGACCACAAGAUUUAGGUCCAUCAAUUGCUAUUGUAGCAAAAGUAAACCAGAUUCAAGAUCAUUUGCUGAAGAAACAUGAUACUGAGCUCUACAUGCAUUUGAACAGGCUAGAGAUUGCUCCACAGAUUUAUGGACUGCGAUGGGUAAGACUUCUCUUUGGACGAGAAUUUUCCCUUCAGGACCUUCUUGUUAUCUGGGAUGCUUUGUUUGCUGACAGUAUCACCCUGGAUUUAGUUGACUACGUUUUCCUUGCUAUGUUGCUAUAUAUUAGAGAUGCCUUGAUAUCAAGUAAUUAUCAGACCUGUUUGGGACUUCUGAUGCAUUAUCCACCCAUUGGAGAUGUACACUCACUCAUCUUGAGAGCUCUUUUUCUCAGAGAUCCCAAGAGAAAUCCAAGACCUGUGACCUACCAAUUCCGGCAAAAUUUAGAUUAUUACAAAGCGUGUGGAGCAGACUUGAUGAGUAAAACUCGUGUCGGUACUAAGGUUGCACCACUAAACAUAAAUAAAGUUUCCAAUAGCUUAUUAAAUUUUGGCCGGAAGCUGAUUUCCCCAGCCUUGGUUUCAGGUAGCACUACAGUGCCAGUUGCAGGUAGCAGCGGCAGCUUUUCUUCUCCUUCUGCAGUGACUAUUAGGACCUCGGUGGACCUCCCGCAGCAACAGCAGCAGCAAAGACUGAUGAAAUCUGAAAGUAUGCCAGUUCAACUAAGCAAAGGAGAUGUAGUUACAGGCAGUGAUGCCCAAGGGUCGGUUCCUGUCCAGAACCUAAGUGCUGUCCAAGCCACAGUUGCUACAGCAACUCAUGGGCAGAGUUCAAAAAACAUCAGCUCUUCUCCAAGCAUUGAAAGUUUGACUGGAGGACGGGAAUACGCAGGGUCUCCACCUUUGUCAACAACCAAGAAAGAGUCCUUUUUCAGCACUAUUUCCCAUUCCCGCUCUCAAAGUAGAAGUAUGAGCAAAAAAGAGUCUGAAGAAGAACUAGAUGCCCAAAUUUCAUUUCUCCAAGGACAACUGAAUGAACUGGAGGCCAUGUGCAAAUACUGUGCAAAGAUGAUGAACACACAUCUGGGAAAUAUUCAGGAAGUCAUACUGCAGGAGCACUUGGAGAAAGAAGAUGAGAUUCUAGUUUCCCUGGCCGCACUGAAGCAGAUCAAAGAUAUUCUGAAAGGUUCCCUGCGUUUCAAUCAGAGCCAGCUGGAGGCCGAGGAGAAUGAACAAAUCACAAUAGAAGAUGAUCACUACUGUUCCAUCAAUCAGAGCAAGGGGGCCGGCGAUUCUGCAAAAGAGCUUUCUGUCACAAAGCGGUUCCUCCCUCCAGUGGAGCAGGUGGAGGGGGACGGCAGCUCUGACAACAAGCACAGCGACGACUAUAUCCUUGUUUCCAAAGAAGAGGAAGGAAAUAUUAGUGGUGCUCUUGAGCAUGUGCAGACUGUCCCACCAUGCAAGGAAGCGACCACAAAGAGCGAGGCUGCGUGUUGCUCUUCUUUAGCCUUUUCAGACCCACUGAUGGGUUCCAUGUCCGCCUCUUCUAGCAACCUCAGCUCCAGCCCCGAUGAUGACAACAGCAACAACAGCAAGGAUUCUGACUUUACUAUCGUGAGCCCCCUGGAAAUUUAAGUCAG